AAAAAAGUUCUCGUUGUUCCUCUCCACAUAACUAAAACCCUAACCCUCACAUCGUUAGCUGGUUUCGCACUCAGUGGUAGCAAACCCAACUGAAUCUCUCUUUCUAUCUGCACUGCAAUGGCGAAGAAGAAGGAGAAGAAGGUGAAUGUCUCCGGCAAGCCGAAGCACUCUCUCGACGUUAAUCGCAGCAAUGACACGAAGAAGGAGAGGCGCUCGGCCGCCACCGUGCGCCGCCUCAAGAUGUACAACACCAGGCCCGUGCGCGACCGAAAAGGAAAAGUCCUCUCCAACGAGUUUCAAUCCAAGGAGCUUCCCAGCACACGAAUUCAACCUGAUCGCCGGUGGUUUGGGAAUACGCGUGUUGUGAAUCAGAAGGAGCUGGAGUUCUUCCGGGAAGAGCUGCAGAGCCGCAUGUCGAGUAAUUACAAUGUGAUUCUUAAGGAGAAGAAACUGCCGCUGUCGCUGCUCAAUGAUCACCAGAAGCAAGCCAGGGUUCACCUGCUUGAUAGAGAGCCUUUUCAAGAUGCCUUCGGACCUAAGACCAAAAGGAAGCGCCCCAGCCUCUUGGCGGCUGACUACGAGUCCUUACUGAAGAAAGCUGAUGGUUCUCAAGAUGCUUUUGAAGAGAAGUAUGGUUCUAGUGCAUCUGGAGAAGCUAAUGAUGGGGAUGGAUUUAGAGAUUUAGUGCGGCAUACCAUGUUUGAAAAGGGUCAAAGUAAACGCAUAUGGGGUGAGCUUUACAAAGUGAUAGAUUCGUCGGAUGUGGUUGUCCAGGUUCUAGAUGCAAGGGAUCCACAAGGCACAAGGUGUUACCAUUUAGAGAAGCAUUUGAAGGAAAAUUGUAAGCACAAACACAUGGUGCUUUUAUUGAACAAGUGUGAUCUAGUUCCUGCUUGGGCAACAAAAGGAUGGCUUAGAGUUUUGUCUAAAGAAUUUCCAACUCUUGCAUUCCAUGCAAACAUUAACAAGUCCUUUGGAAAAGGUUCUCUUCUAUCAGUACUUAGACAAUUUGCACGUUUGAAACGGGAUAAGCAAGCAAUAUCUGUUGGAUUUGUUGGAUAUCCAAAUGUUGGGAAGUCAUCAGUAAUCAACACUUUGCGUACAAAGAAUGUCUGCAAGGUUGCUCCAAUUCCAGGGGAAACGAAAGUCUGGCAGUAUAUUACGCUUACGAAGAGAAUCUUUUUGAUAGAUUGUCCAGGUGUAGUCUACCACAACAAUGAUUCUGAGACAGAUGUUGUGUUGAAGGGUGUGGUGCGGGUAACUAAUUUGAAAGAUGCUGCAGACCAUAUAGGCGAGGUGUUGAAACGUGUGAAGAAAGCACAUUUGGAGAGAGCAUACAAAAUAAAAGAUUGGGAGGACGAGAAUGACUUCUUACUGCAGCUUUGCAAAUCAAGUGGCAAACUUCUGAGGGGUGGUGAGCCUGACCUGAUGACUGGAGCAAAAAUGGUACUUCAUGACUGGCAGAGGGGUAGAAUUCCCUUUUUUGUUCCUCCUCCUAAGCAGGAAGAAGGGUCUGAAGAACCUAAUGUUAAUGGUGUUGACAUAGAUGAUACAGUUGAUGGCAAUGAAGCAUCUGCUGCUAUUAAGGCUAUCGCAGAUGUUCUUUCAUCACAGCAGCAAAUAAGUGUUCCUGUUCAAAAGGAUUUAUAUAGUGAGAAUGAGUUGAAGGGGGAGGCGACUGAGCAACCACCUAACCAUAACGCAGACGAAGAUAUUCCAGCUCCUGAUAGUGUUACAUCUGAACAGGAUUCACCUCCUAAGGUUCCAUCUGAGCUGGGCCCAAUCAGUGAGUAAUAACUUAUGGUUGCAUUGGAGGUUUUAGGAAAUUUUAUGUAAAUUAUAAGUUGGCUCUAUUUCCAUCCUCUAAAAAGCUUGGAAUAGAACAACUCCUUUUCCUUUCGCAUCAUUUCUGUGGCCAGCUUCAUUUUUGGGAGUUCAUCUACCUCACAACGACGCUUGUUAAAUGCAUCGAUUUUGCUUCCGGGAAUGUUGCUGUAUUGAUGUUUGGAUUUGUGAGAUAGAGAAAGUACUGCUAUGUGCUAUGAGAUCAUAAGAGCACCCACAUGAGAGGUUUUGUUUUGUUGAGUAUUGGUUUUAUUUAGUUAUUAUUUAUGCAUUAGAUGUAGCGAUAUAGCUUUUGUACCAUGGUGGAAAUUUUGUUUUAUUUCGUAAUAUACCAUUAUAUGAUUCAAAGUUGUAAGUGUGGAUUGAUGGUUUUCUUCACAAAGCGGAUAUUCAUGAUAUUUGACA